CGCCCCUGUAACCAUUUUCAUUUCCAAUCCCAUUCCGAUAUACAAUUUUCCUAAAAUACAGACAAGACGAAAACCAUGGCUAUUUAGCAAAAAUCCGAAAUAACUGUCAGCAAAAAUUCCAUGGCAAAAUCCGAGAAUCCCAAAUCCAAUCUCGCUCCUUACGGCAAUUCAUCUGCCAAAGUCCACCCGUCGAACGACCCCGAAAUUGAUCCUAAUUCCUAUUCGCUCGAGAAAUUUAGGCUCUAUGAGACCAGACAGAGAUUUUAUCUAGUUGGUAGUGAUCGGAACAAGAGGUUCUUUCGGGUAUUGAAGAUUGAUCGCUCGGAGCCUUCUGAUCUCAAUAUCAGUGAAGACCCAGUAGUUUAUUCACCGCAAGAAAUCAAGUGCUUGCUUCAGAGAAUUGCUGAAGGCAAUCGUUCCACUGGGGGACUAAACUUUGUGGCAAAGGUUUAUGGAAUUGCUGGUUGCAUUAAGUUCAUGGAGUCCUAUUAUUUGAUUCUGGUUACAAGGCGUCGGCAAAUAGGAUGUAUAUGUGGUCAUGCAAUAUAUAGUAUAGAUGAAAGCCAACUGAUUACAAUUCCGCAUGCAUCCAUUCAAACUGAUGCAGCACAUUCUAAAACUGAGAUUAGAUACAAAAAGCUCCUAUCCAGUGUGGAUUUGACCAAAGAUUUCUUCUUCAGUUAUACAUAUCCUAUAAUGCAAAGCUUGCAAAAAAAUGUGCUGUCAGUGGAUAGAGAUAGGAUGCCAUAUGAUAACAUGUUUGUGUGGAAUGAGUAUCUGACAAAAGCCAUUCGGUCGAGAUGUGGCAAUACUAUUUGGACAAUAGCAUUAGUCCAUGGGCAUUUUAAGCAGAUUAGGCUAUCAAUCUUUGGGAGGGACUUCAGUGUUUCUCUGGUUUCUAGACGCUCUCGACAUUUUGCUGGAACCCGAUACUUGAAAAGGGGAGUGAAUGAUUGGGGAAGGGUUGCAAAUGAGGUUGAGACUGAGCAAAUUGUUCUUGAUGAAGAAGCUGGAUCAUGCAAGGGCAGAAUGAGUUCUGUUGUGCAGAUGCGUGGAUCAAUUCCCCUUUUCUGGUCACAAGAAGCUUCAAGAUUUAGUCCUAAACCUGAUAUAAUCCUGCAAAGGUAUGAUCCUACCUACCAGGCGACCAAGUUGCAUUUUGAGGACCUGGCAAAGAGAUAUGGAAAUCCAAUAAUUGUGCUCAACUUAAUUAAGACUGUUGAAAAAAGACCUCGAGAAAUGAUGCUAAGGCGUGAGUUUGCUAAUGCGGUUGGUUAUCUAAAUACAAUUCUUUCAGAGGAAAACCAUCUAAAGUUUAUCCAUUGGGAUUUUCACAAGUUUGCAAAGAGCAAGUCUGCCAAUGUUUUGGCUGUUUUGGGUGCUGUGGCAAGUGAAGCACUUGAUUUGACAGGUUUUUACUAUAGUGGUAAACCUAGCGUUGUGAAGAAGAGAAUCAACCAACUUAACCGAACAAGCACUGGAAGGGAUGCUUCUCUCAGAGAUCUGAGAGCCGGUUCGGGGGACCUUGCAAGGAUUGGAAGUGGCAAUGAGAACCUAAGUUCUACAAUAAACCGAGACAGGGAGAAUGAUUCUAGUCAAUCAAACCAACAAGAUAAGGUCGGUGGUGAAGCACCACGCUUUCAAAGUGGAGUUCUACGCACCAACUGCAUUGACUGCUUGGAUCGUACAAAUGUUGCCCAGUAUGCAUAUGGCCUAGCAGCUUUAGGGCGUCAACUCCAUGCAAUGGGUAUGACAGACAUACCCAAAGUCGAUCCUGACAGUACCAUUGCUGCAGCCCUGAUGGAUAUGUAUCAGAGCAUGGGGGAUGCUCUUGCCCAUCAAUAUGGCGGCUCUGCUGCUCACAAUACUGUCUUUCCAGAGAGGCAGGGAAAGUGGAAAGCUACAACUCAAUCUAGAGAAUUUCUUAAAUCAAUCAAGCGUUACUACAACAAUGCCUAUACUGAUGGUGAAAAGCAAGAUGCAAUAAAUUUAUUUUUGGGUUACUUCCGACCACAGGAUGGGAAACCUGCUCUUUGGGAGUUGGAUACAGAUUAUUAUCUUCAUGUAGGGAUUAAAGAUGAUCUUGAUCCUGAGAUGAGCAUUCCAACCAGUGCCAAGCUGGAAGGAGGUGGAAUGAUUCUUGCCCCUGUACCAGCUUGCAGGGAAGAUUUCUCGCGCAUGAAGUUGACAUCAUUUGAUAAAUUGAUCCCGAGGACAUGUGGUGCCAUAAAGAAUGUAAGGCUUUGUUGUGAGCCUGAUCAAAGGCCAGGUGGAGGUGUGGGAACUUCUGGUGUUGCACCUGAUGCCGCUGAAAUACAGCUGAAAAGCCCAAAUUGGCUUUUUGGCCAGAGGAAGUAUGAAGAAAGUGGUUCUGCCCCCAAGGCUGGUCAACAAGAAGCUGAAAACGGAGGAUCUCAUAAAGAUAUUAGAGUUGAUGGUUACUAUGACUUGGAUUUGCUUUCUUCUGUUGGUGACAUGAAUGAACAGGAUAUCUUCCAAAGGUACCUCGCAAUGACCUCAGUUGAUGAAACCAGUGGUUGGUAUGGCGGUACAUUACUUGGAGAUCAAAAUGAAGACAGCGAGAUUUACAAACAUUAUGCCGAAUUAUGUCAGGGCCCAGCAAUGGAACCCUUCCAGCAUGAUCUGGACAGGGAAGAGCACUACGCCGACAUUGUUCGAAUGAACAUGAUAGAUGUCAUAGAUGAUGCCACCGUUGAAGCAGAGAUGGAAGCGGCGCUCAAGGAGUACCAUCAAAUUGGUGCUGAUCUUGGGAUUAUACCAAUAUCUUGCAAAUCCUUGCCUGAAGUUCCGGUGAUUCAAUGUGGGUCUCAAAAAUGUCUUGUUUUGGGUAUGUAUUUGGUGAACCCUUUACUCAUUGUUUGUGAAGUAUGUAAUUGUAAGGCACAGAAACUUUAGUGAUUCAGUUACACGCCUUUGUCGUUAUUAAUCCACACUGCUUACUCCACUUCUAUAUAGUAAUUAGUAACAGACUAAUUACUGACAAGCUAAUUUAUUACCAUAUUUGGAAUGGAUUGAUUCUUUAUUAUUA